GAUGUGUAGACGGACUCACGAAAUUAUCGCCUAACGAUAAAUUCCUGGCGAUUCUCGUAUGACAUAAUCGUAGGCGAGAAAUUAGUUCUUAUUUCUUUCCUGUAUGUAAACAUUUUGAUACGAUAAAUUAUAAUGCUAUGCCCGCUAUGGUGAAAUGCGAAUAUUGCUGGCGAUAGUCGCGUACGAUUUCUCGCACCAAAACGCGCGAAAAGCUCUCUCCAUCUAAAUGCUUUUAAUGUUGUGUAAAUAAAGACUUUGUGAAAUAGACCCUUUGAGGCCCAGGAACUAUUAAUACAGCCAAAGAAAUGGAUGUACAAAAAACCAUGCACGAAUUGGGCUAUGAUUUUAAUACCGAAGGCGAAUUAAGGAAAAUCGGCGUUGAUGGAAUUUUAACAAAUGAACCAUUUCAGUACAAAAUCAGUACUGAUCAAAAAGAAUGCCAGGAGCACUAUGAGAAACUUGGAGCAGCUGUGACAGAAUACAUAUAUCAAUUAUUAGAAAAGAAAGUCAAUCUAUUAAGAUUACCAGUGCCUAUAGAUGCUGGUGAAACUGGAACUUUUGUGUUUGCUUCAAGGGGUUAUGAUUCACAGAAAACUCUUAUGGUAUUAAUUCAAGGUAGUGGUGCCGUUCGAGCUGGCCAGUGGGCAAGAUCACUUGUCAUCAAUAAUAAUUUAGAAAUGGGAACACAGAUUCCAUACAUCCAAAUGGGCAUUAAACGUAAUUUUGGCAUUCUUAUCAUGAAUCCCAAUGAGAAUUAUAGAAGAAAUAAAAAUAUUCCACAAAGUAACACUAGUGAAGAACAUGCACAGUAUGUCUGGAAAACAUAUAUUUCAGGCACAAAAGCUGAAAAUAUUGUAGUAGUAGCUCAUAGUUAUGGUGGACUUCUUACAGUAAUGCUAGCUCAAAAGUUUAAGAAUGACUUUGAGAAUCGAGUUAAGGCAGUAGCUAUGACAGAUUCAGUUCAUUCAUUUUCAGAAGCAAUAAUUCCAGACUCAUUAAGAAAAGUUUCAAUUAAUUGGAUAUCAAAUACAUCACCCCUGGAUACACCAAUGAAGACCCCGGAAUUUGAAAUCACUAGAUUAUCAGCAGGUAUUUCCGCUUUCAUAUCUUACCUUAUGUUUAAUAAAUUUAUAACUUUUCCGCUUUCUUCAGGUCAUCCACAACAUGAAAUGACAUCUUAUGCAUCCAUGGAUUCAGUCUUUAAAUUUAUUGAUUCUAAGCUGGCAAGUUAAGUAAUAUAAUAUUAAAAGUAAACAAAAUGUGCAAAGGUAAAAAUAAACUUUAUAAUAUAUUUUUUAAUGGGUUUUGAUACA